AUGAAAUCUCUCGUUCUUGUUUCUGUGCCUGUUUUGAACUUUUUAAAUUCCAUUUCUCCGCCAGACUUGUGCAACCUGACGAGGUUGCAGGUACACGACAGCUUGGCACACGCCUCUGACGGGCGAGAAGAGGCCACCCGAAGACUAGAUUUACUCGUGAGGAAGCACAUCAGAGCCUUGGAAGUCUUGGACAUUACUUGCCAUACCAACCUAUUCCACAUUGAUUCUAUUUUGCAGCAUGGUGGUUCUCUUCGACAGGUUCAUUUUCGCGACCACAUCGGAUUCACAGACGAUGAUGAUGAAUGCCCGACGUUGCGGGCCGAAGACGUCACAAGGCUGGGGCAGGGCCUGCCGUUUGUCCACACACUCGAGCUGGACAUGGACGUUGCACUGUGCUAUCCUCCCGAGUUUCUGCGUGGCAUAGCCUCCUUUCCGAUGCUCCAGACUCUGAUCCUCCACGUACAGACGCUGCUACGUGCGACCGAGAAGGACGACCCGGCUCGGGACCGUGACUACGAAUCAGCCAUGCAGAUGUUUUCCUGCCUCGUACGGCUGCGGGAGAAGAGCAACCCCGACUUGGCGUGGAAGAGCAUCACCAUCAAUGUAGGCGGAUGGCGCCGGGUCAUGUUGCGGAGAAUGGGCCCGGAGUGGAGGAGGAAGAAUGCACGGGGCAUAUUUGCAGAGAGAUGCUUUGUGCUCGAGAAGGACGAGAAUGGUCGGUACAGGGUUGCCGAGCAAGAAUGCCACGACGGGUCGCAGUACAUAUCGACGUCGCAGCUCUGA